AUGAGUGCGAAGACUAAAGGGCAGAUUGAGUGUUGUGUGAAGUGUAUUCUUGCGGAGAGAAAAAGAGGCAAACCCGAGGGAUUGCUGAGUCCGAUUUCGAAAGGCGAGGUACCGUUCGAAACCUAUCACGUCGAUCAUCUUGGACCAAUGGACGUGAUAGAGAAGCAGUACAAGUACCAUUUCGUGAUUGUUGAUGCCUUCACGAAGUUCGUGUGGAUCUAUCCGGCGAAAACGACGAAUGGACAAGAAGUGAUCCAAAAGUUGCGUUUGCAGAGUGAGCUGUUUGGAAUCCUUGACGAAUCAUCAGUGACCGAGGUGCGGCGUUCACAUCAAGUGACUUCAAGGAGUAUUGUGCAUCGCAGAACAUCGAUCAAAUCGAAGUUACGACCGAAAUACCAAGAGGAAACGGCCAAGUGA